CCACACUGGACACAUGCAUUUCCAAAACCACACAGGAGAUUCUGUAAGUACAUUAUUAGACACAUUUUAUUCCUUUGUGACAGCAAAUUAUAGGAAAUAAUAGAAACAGGUAUUUUGACAUACAGGUGAUUGAGAAUAGAAAAAUGGCACCAAUUAUCCCUUUGAAAGUUUAUAACGACCUCCACAAAGGCUACAAUGCCCUCUACAGACAGAACAAGAUCCUCUGCCGGCAAAACCAGACUGUGCGCCGACACAAUGAAGCACUUCUCCAACACAACGCAGUGCUACGCAAAGACAUCCAGGCCCUUCAUGAAAGGCUGAGCGACCACUAUGCUGGGCUGUGCAGCCAUAAGGAUGCUCCGACAAACCUGGAUCAGGGACACCACAUUGAGGAGAGCACUCUCUGCCAUGAAAAGAUGAACAGGGAAGUAAGGACUUGGGAAGCAGAGAAAAAAACCCUGCUUCAGGAUGUGGAGGCAUUGAAGAAAAGAUUGGAAGGAUUUUGUAGAGUGGAGGAGGAGGUUAAUGAUCCACACAGCAUUACUGAGCUGAGACAUCAAGUGCUCAAGUCACAGGAAAAGACUGACAUUGUCCCCUGUACAACAAAGAAGAGCACUCAAGGUAAGUGUGGUAGUUUCAGGCAGAAUCUUGAGUUCUGGCAGGGGGUAGAAAAGGAGACUGUGCACUCAGACCAUAGGGGUGUCUGUCAUAUCAUUGACAAAUAUGAGUCUGAGAGGGAGGAGAAGGAGGCUCGAAUUCUCACAGCCUCUAAGAGGGAGAAAAAACUUUUGGAGGAGGUGAGAGAGAUGAACCAGGUGCUCAAUACAUCCAUUAAAGAGCAUGAAGAGGAGAAAGAGGCUAUGUGCCAAAAAAUGGAAGCUCUCUCAAGCCAAAUUCAGGAACUUAAAGAAAUGCUCCAGAUGCAGAAAAACAAAAAUGAAGAGAUGCUUUUCACAGUGGUUGAAAAGGAGAGAAAACUUCUCCAAGAGCUAGAGGAAACCAAAGAGAUGAACCAUGUCUGUCAAUUCUUAAUGAUGGAGAUUAAAGAGCAGGAGGAGGCUCUGCGUCAUAGUAAGGAUGCCCUCCAGCAAGAAACCAAGGAGCUUAAGAAAAUGCUCCAAAUAGAAAAGGAGAAGAAUGAAGAAAUGCUUCUCAAAAUGAUUGAAAAGGAGGAAGCACUUGUCCAAGAGACUGAAGAAGCCAAAGAGGUGACCCAUGUGUUUCAGUUUUUAUUACAGGAGGUGAAGGAGCAGGAGGAGGCCAAGCACAAAAAAAUGCAUGCCCUCCAAAAAGAAAAAGAGGAGCUUCAGAAAAUGCUUGAAAUAGAACAGGUGAAGAAUGAAGAGAUGCGUCUCAAAGGAUGUGAGAGGGAGAGUUCUGAGGAGGCGGUGGAGCUGAAAGACAUGAAAACACCAAUGAGGAGGGAGGAAGAGCUGUGUGUUCAAGACAGUGAGGAAAGUGAAACGGACACUGAGCUUUGCCACGAAGUCUGAGACCAGAGUGCAACGCACCAAGAUGACCACUGGGAGGGUGACUAUCUGGGAUGUCCUGUUUUGCCAAGGUGACUUAUUAUGUGACUGGAAUUCACUGUCUGAACACUGGUCCUAAAAUGACAGGCUUUUAUUGUACUAUUUUAAUUCAUCUGUAUCUACA